AUGGAGGAAGAUGAUGAUGAUCUUUACGAUCCGACUGAUGUAGCGCCUUCUGGCUCUGCAGCUCAGAACACAGAGCAGCAGAGUGGAGACGCAGGCAUGACAGAAGGGCAAGGGCACGAACAGGUGGAGGAGGAGGAAGAAGAAGAAGAAGAAGAAGACGAUGAAGACGAUUUCAAAAUCAUCACUGAAGCUCCCCCAGAGGUAGCUGCAGAGCUUACUACACAAACCUCUCGCCAUCCCGCGCACCGAAACGAACCCCAAAAACCCGCUACUGAUCCUGCCAGCGCAACCCCCAAAGGUGCAGCAUUGCAUCCCACUCCAAAGCCUGGGACACCAACUGUAACUCCAGCUGCCACCACGAAAUCUGCAGCUCCUCAAAAGCCAGGGUCCUCAUAUCCGGCUCACCACACGUCGACGAUCGAUGUAUCGGCUAACCCUGUCCACCCUUCAACCAACAAACCGAUUCUUUCUACGGAUUUAGAUUCAGAUUUUCCUACGGAAGACGAUAAGCCUUGGCGGAGACCUGGCUCAGAUAUCAAUGAUUAUUUCAAUUAUGGGUUUGACGAGUUCACAUGGGCAAGCUACUGCCUCAAGCAGCAAAGCCUGAGAAAAGACAUUAACGACCAAAAGUCGCAGAUGGAGGAUAUGCAGGCAUUCCUCAGUCUUCCUGGAGGCCUGCCGGGAAUGCCGGUACCAGGCGGGCCGGCACCGCCUCUUCCUGGACUGAUACCUGGAGCAGUGGCCGGCGGGGGAGGGAGCGGAGGGGGUGGAGGAACAGGAGGUAGAGGUACUCCUGGCCCUCCUCAAGGAGGAGCUGGGCCAGGACCACAGAAUGCUAUGCCGGGGAUGCCUUCUGGGAUGCCAGAUCUCUCCCCAGACAUGAUGCAGGCUGUGUUUGCCGGUAUGAUGGCCCAAGGCAUGGACCCUUCAUCGAUGGACCCAAUGACUUUCAUGCAACAUGCACAGGCUAUGAUGGGAGGUGGCCAGCCUGGCGCUGGUAACCCUCAGGUGCCUCAAACCGGAUAUGGAGGCCAAGCUGGGGGACAAGCUUUUUCUGGACAAGCUGCCGGACAGGAACAGAUGGGAUACGGGAGUUAUGACCAACAUGGAGCGUACAGCAAUCCUGGUGCAAGGGGGAAGGGCAUGCGAAGAUGGUAG